AUUGUGGCCGACGACGCUGUACGGACUAGACGCUUUUGUCAGUGUGUGUUUUUACAAUUUUUUGAACGAAGAUAAUUUAUUUCGUCAAGACGGUGUACGUUCAGAGUUUAAGCGCUUGCGCAGCUUCGGCCGCCGCAGGAACACCUUUGGUCGCCAUGGCUGCGCCGGCCGCUCUUCCAGAACAUGUUUUUGUUGUACCUGCUGCUCCUUCUCUUCCCAUCAUUCCAACUUCGGCAGCCGUUUAUCCGGCUUCCGCUGCCUUACUCCAGCAGCAGCGGGUUGCUGCUGCUUUGGCUGCGCAAGCAAAUGGAAAUGAAGGUAAACUGGGCCAGUUCACCAGGGAACUCCGCGCCAAAGACAGACACUAG